CUAAGGCUAACUUGGUCUGGUAACUUGUUAAAGACGUGAGGCAUAAUGUUGGCGUGUAAUACGCGUGUUGGAACUUUUGUCCUGUGUUUACUUAUUUCUUUUACAGAGAUCAGUCAAGGAAGUGAAAAUCAACCAAGCAGCGUAAAUGAAGAUACCUUGAAGCUGUUUAGGGAACACAAAUUUAGAAACAAGCGUGCUGGGAACGUGCAGUGUGGCACGAUAAAGGCCGGUUCCAGAAUUGUAGGGGGCACAGACGCGCAACCUGGGUCUUGGCCGUGGCAAGUGUUAUUGGACAAUAAGGCGUUUCAGGGCCCUGUUUGGUGUGGAGGAUCCAUUCUUAAGCCAUACUGGGUCAUUACUGCAGCUCACUGUUUUAAUAAGGGAAAAGAUCCCGCAUCUUUUAAACUGAGCGUAGGUGAAUAUAAUCUUCGUAAAGCGGACGGAACCGAGCAAGUUAUUCCAAUUGACCAAAUCUUCAUACAUCCUAAAUAUAAGCCGCCAGUGACUGGGCCCGACUAUGACGUGGCAUUGAUCAAACUGAGGAAACCAAUCAAGUUCAACAAUGACGUAAGACCUGUAUGUCUGCCCACCAAGGAUUUUCCUCCUGGAACUAAUUGCCAUGUCACUGGAUGGGGCGCUACACGGGAGGGGGGAAAUAUUGCACAGAUUUUGCAGCAAGCAAAAGUUCCUCUUGUAGCACGUGACACUUGUCGACGAGCAUACAGCGACCUGGGAUUGCCCGUUACGAAACGCAUGCGCUGUGCAGGUUUCUCUCAGGGAGGAGUUGAUUCAUGCCAAGGAGACAGUGGAGGUCCGCUGGUCUGUCCAAGAAAUAGCAAGUGGUAUCUUAUGGGUAUCGUCAGCUGGGGCGUUGGUUGUGCGCGCCCAAAUAGAUUCGGAGUGUAUUCUGACGUGUUGGCUCUUAAGUCCUGGGUGGAGGAAACAAUGAAUAAAAACCCAACUCCAUAAUUGUCGAGGGCAGUAAAGAGAUUGAAAUUGUCGGUUGAGGACUAGCUUAUGUUUCACGGAAAAUAAAAGAAUCACGGCAAACUAAUAAAAAUAAUCUCGCUUAACGGUUAAUUAUUCGGGUAAAUCCCGAUUUGGGUCACAUUUCACGAGAAAAUGUUAUAUUUGACGAUAAAAUAACUCCUAAGUAACUUUAUCCUGUAAGGCUAAUGCAUUAUGUAUAAGCAAUAAAAGAGGGAAUGCAAA